AACUGCGCCCCGUCUCUGGUCGCUGCGUUAGUUAUGUAGGAGUGACAGUUGCGCUAAAAUUGCGCCCCCCAAAUGGACCAAGUGGGAACGCUGAUAAACCCCAUUCCUCACCCCAAAACUAUCAUCCUUGCCAUCAAACCUCGCGUGCACACACAUACACCUUCCCCCAACCCCCAGCCCCCCGAGCUCGAUAGUCUUCUGCUGCUGGCCUCCCAGAUCUACAAACGCCGGGCGACUAAACAUAAAAGGAUAAAUUGCAAUCAUGAUCCUCGGCACGUAUCACAUACCUAUCUCGGCUCGUUUGCCAUUAUGGAUAAUGAGCCCCGUCGCGCUUCCCCACACAUAUUUUCUUGUAAUGGAUACCGGCAACUGGGGUACUGUAUCCAUCGAUCGCGAAAUUAUCGAUCAAGCGCCGCUGAACGGAUUAACCAUCAUGGCGUUUCUUCUCGCGAUUUCGGCUGUCAGUACCCAUUAUCAUCAUCAUCAUCAUCAUCACCAUCAUCAUGCUUGCGCCCGUUUCUCCCCGCAAAUAUGUGUACAGUACAGUGUAUACGUGGCCACGCAAUACGCACCACCACGUAUGCUCCCCAAAUGAUGUAUUCCUGGUACGCGUUUGUGGCAUGAGAAUCGCACCUUGAUGGGAUCCGCGGGGAUUUUUGUUAUCUGCGCCGGUUAUCACCCAACCCAAUGGCGAUCAAUCAUGUCGACUUCUGUGUGAUAUGACGCAGCCCCGACGAGGGUCAUGUUCGGAGCACUUGCAGUCAUUCACGUGUGAAUGGUUCACUUUGAGAUAAAAAUUCGGUCACUCAAGUUUUUCCUUUGAUUCUGGGACUCAGAAUCAGAACCAAGUAAAACAUUUAUUAUCGAUAUUAGCUAUACUGAGUAUGCAAAAGGGGAUACAAAAUGACAAGCAGAGAGGAAAAAUAC